GAGAAGUUAAUAUGGUUGGGUAAUGACCUCAAUAAUUUGGUUCUAAUUUUUCCAAUUCAAAAACCCUACAAAAACCCUAACGCCCGCAUACUCCAGCCGGCAACCCUUUGUCACCGGUUCCCAUCCCGCUUUCUCUUAAUUCUCCAUCUCUGUCACCUUCUCUUAUAAACGAAAUCAAAAGCUACCUAAACUCUCCCUUUUUCAGCUUACAACCAUCGUUCAGUGCGUCGUUACAAAGCGAAAAAUGGGAAUAUUCGAACCAUUUAGAGCAAUUGGAUACAUAACAACCAGCGUUCCCUUCUCCGUACAACGGCUGGGCACAGAAACAUUUGUUACAGUGAGUGUAGGCAAAGCAUUUCAAGUCUACAACUGCGCCAAGCUUAAUUUAGUCCUAGUCAGCCCUCAACUCCCUCAUAAAAUUCGCGCUUUGGCCUCUUAUCGGGAUUUCACGUUUGCAGCCUAUGCGAACCACAUAGCCGUUUUUAAACGCUCUCAACAGGUCGCAACAUGGAGUAGACACAGUGCUAAAGUUAAUUUGUUGCUGUUAUUUGGGGAUCAUAUAAUAAGUGUAGAUGUUAAUGGCAAUAUGUUUAUUUGGGGUUUUAAAGGAAUUGAAAACAAUCUUGCUCCAAUUGGACAUAUAAUGCUAGAUAAUAAUUUUACACCUACAUGUUUAAUGCAUCCGGAUACUUAUUUAAACAAGGUUGUUGUUGGGAGUCAAGAGGGUACUUUGCAGCUUUGGAAUAUUAGUACUAAGAAAAAGCUUUAUGAGUUUAAGGGAUGGAAUUCAGGUAUUACUAGUUGUGUGUCUUCGCCUGCUCUUGAUGUUAUUGCAGUUGGCUGUGCUGAUGGGAAGAUUCAUGUGCAUAAUAUUCAAUGUGAUGAUGAGUUGGUUACCUUUUCGCAUUCUACUAGAGGCGCAGUCACAGCUUUGUGUUUUAGUACUGAUGGGCAACCACUACUAGCAUCUGGAAGUUCAUCUGGUGUUAUAAGUAUAUGGAAUCUUGAGAAAAGACGGCUCCAAACGGUCAUAAGGGAGGCUCAUGAUAACUCAAUAAUUUCAUUGCACUUUUUUGCCAAUGAGCCAGUUUUGAUGAGUGGAUCAGCAGACAACUCAAUUAAAAUGUGGAUUUUUGACACAACUGAUGGAGAUCCUCGCCUGUUGCGCUUUCGAAGUGGGCAUAGUGCUCCUCCACAUUGCAUAAGAUUCUAUGCAAAUGGCAGACAUAUUCUAUCUGCUGGUCAAGAUCGUGCUUUUCGUCUUUUUUCUAUCAUUCAGGAUCAGCAAAGUCGAGAACUUUCUCAGCGUCAUAUAUCCAAGCGAGCCAAGAAACUCAGGCUGAAGGAAGAAGAAUUGAAGUUGAAGCCUGUUAUUGCUUUUGAUUGUGCUGAAAUUAGGGAGCGGGAUUGGUGCAAUGUUGUCACAUGUCACAUGGAUACUGCACAGGCAUAUGUGUGGAGGCUUCAAAAUUUUGUUCUUGGGGAGCAUAUUCUGAGACCUUGCCCAGAAAAUCCAACACCUGUUAAGGCCUGCACUAUUAGUGCAUGUGGCAAUUUUGCUGUUAUAGGGACAGCAGGUGGUUGGAUAGAGCGUUUCAAUCUUCAAUCGGGAAUUAGCCGAGGCAGUUACGUGGAUGUGUCCGAAAAAAGCAGCUGUGCCCAUGAGGGAGAAGUGGUUGGAGUUGCUUGUGAUUCGACAAAUACCCUAAUGAUUAGUGCAGGAUACCAUGGAGAUGUAAAGGUUUGGGAUUUCAAGGGACUUGAACUAAAGUCCAGAUGGGAAGUUGGUUGUUCUCUGGUUCAGAUUGUUUAUCAUCGCCUUAAUGGUCUUUUGGCUACUGUAGCAGAUGAUUUAGUUAUUCGUUUGUUUGAUGUUGUGGCAUUGAGGAUGGUUCGCAAAUUUGAAGGUCAUACAGACCGUGUUACAGAUUUAUGUUUUUCCGAGGAUGGGAAAUGGCUCUUGUCAUCCAGUAUGGAUGGGACUCUUAGAAUUUGGGAUGUUAUCUUAGCCAGACAAAUAGAUGCAAUACAUGUUGAUGUGCCUAUUACAGCAUUGUCACUAUCACAAAAUUUGGAUAUAUUAGCGACUACUCAUGUUGAUCAAAAUGGGGUUUACUUGUGGGUUAAUCAGUCAAUGUUCUCUGGGGUUUCAAGUGUUGAUUCUUAUGCAAGUGGGAAAGAAGUUGUGAGUGUCAAAAUGCCUUCCGUCUCUUCAGUGGAAGGCUCAGAAGCACAGGACUCUGAUAAGCCUACCAUGCAGCCCACACAGUAUGAUGGAGCUUCACAUCUGCCAGUUUUCAAUCAGCAAAUGCCUGAACUUGUUACCCUCUCAUUGUUGCCUAGAAGCCAAUGGCAGGGCUUGAUCAAUUUGGACAUCAUAAAGGUUCGCAACAAACCAAUUGAGCCUCCUAAGAAACCUGAAAAUGCUCCUUUCUUUUUGCCUUCAAUCCCAUCACUUUCUGGAGAAAUAUUAUUUAAACCCAGUGAGACGAUGAAUGAGGAGAAGAACACAAGUGCUGACGUAGAGGAGCACAAUCACCGACACGUUGACUUGCCACCAUCCCAGUUUCUGCAACUCCUUCAAUCUUCUGCCAAGAUGGAAAAUUGUGUGCAUUCUAUUCCUUUGUUUACCAUCUUCAUUUUUUCAGCAUUUACAGAUUAUAUCAAGGGUUUGUCUCCAUCAACCCUGGAUUUGGAACUUCGAAUGCUUCAGAUUAUAGAUGAUGAUGGUCAGCAAGAGCUAGAGAAGAGACCUGAGUUUCUUGCCAUUGAGCUACUGCUUGAUUAUUUCAUUCAUGAGAUAUCUUGCAGAAACAAUUUUGAGUUUGUGCAAGCCAUCAUUAGAUUGUUUUUAAAGAUACACGGUGAAACUAUAAGGUGCCAAUCAAAGCUGCAGGACAAGGCUAGGAAGCUUUUAGAUGCUCAAUGUGCAGUUUGGCAGAGAGUUGAUAAACUGUUCCAAAGUACUAGAUGCAUGGUCACUUUCCUUAGCAAUUCUCAGUUUUAAGUGCACCAAAGCAUCUACCUUUUUGUAUUUGUGAGAUGAGGUAAGUUAAAAAUUUUGUAUGAGUUAUUUAUUCUUUCUGAUUUCUUUUUCAGAUAUUCUUCUAGAAAGGUUGUCAGUAUGUAGGAUCCAUUAGUUUUGGAAUGUAGAGGGCAGUGAUUUUUGGAUGAGCUGUAUACUGAUAUCAAAGUUUUUCCAUAGUAAUCAUAGAUGGGAGUUAAUUCUGUUGGCA